AUGGUCGAGGUUUUUCCUAUGGUAAUGGUAGAGGUUUUGCCUCUGGAUGUGGUCGGUGUUCACAGACUCGGCAUCCAAGUUUUGCUUUUCAUGGUGGGUUUUCUGGUGCUCAAGCAAGAUUUGGGGAUUUUUCUUCUAAAUACUCUGUUGUUCCGAAAUGCCAAAUUUGUGGCAAACGUGGCCAUACUGCCGUUAAUUGAUAUCAUCGUCAUGGUGAUGAUAGUUCUAAGAUUUUUGGGUCAAGCUCUUCCAUCCACUAUCUCUGCUAUGGCAGCUCAUAGUUCUUAUAUGCCUACACAUGCUUAUGCUCCAAUGACAACUCCUUCGAGACAAGAGAUGGCAGAUCAUGUUUGGAUUGCAGACAGUGGAGCUUCCUAUCAUAUGGUUGCUGAUGUGUCUACUCUGCACAUUGUUACCCCAUGUGAUUCCAUUGAUCAAGUGACUGUGGGGAAUGGUGAAGGUUUGAAUAUAACAAAUAUUGGCACUACUGCUUUGUCUUGUGCUUCUACUUCCCUUAAAAUGCCUUCUGUUUUUCAUGACAAGACAACAAAGGCAAUUCUUCUCAAGGGCUCUAGCCGUAAUGGCUUAUAUCCCAUUCCGUGUAAAGUUCCGUAUGCCCUGUUCUUGUUUUCCAGUCCAACAGCUUAUCUUGAAGAUGCACAGUUUGAUUUGUGUCCUUCAUGUCUUCAAGGAAAGAUGGACAAGCUGCCCUUUUCUAGUAAUCAUGUUAAGACAUAUAGUCCUUUUUCUAAGAUACACAGUGAUGUCUGGGGCCCUUCCCAUUUUAAGUCCAUUCAUGACUUCCGAUAUUUUGUACUCUUCUUAGAUGAACUCAAUUUAAUGCUAAAAUUCAGCAUUUUCAGAGUGAUGGUGGUGAAUGGUAUGGCUGAGAGGAAAAACAGACAUGUUGUGGAGACUGCUCUAAUUCUUUUGACUGUUGCUAAUAUGCCUGGACACUUUUGGUAUCAUUCUCUUGCACAUGCAGUCUACUUAAUAAAUAGAAUGGCAAGUCAGUCCUUAAAGCAUCAAACUCCUUAUUUUCGACUGUAUGGCAAGCAACCAGAGUUACAAUCUUUAAGAAUAUUUGGCACUGCUGUGUAUCCAUAUCUCAGACCUUUUAAUGUGCAUAAGUUUCAACCUCGAACCACUAAAUGUGUAUUCUUAGUAAUGCCACCCAUUCUUUUUUCUUUGCCUUUGCAAGAAGUUACACCUCGGGCUACCACAGUCACACCAUCAGCUCCUUCAACAUUAUCUUGUACUUCUGCAUCUCCUUUUGCGCAACCAUUAGGUGGUUCAGAAUCAAUUCUUGUUCUAGAGGUGCAUCAUCCCCUUUUAGGUGAUCAUCACUUGCCAAUUUCACCUCCUCUUGAGCAUUCAUCUUCGGGUACUUCCUCGUCUGAUUCUUUACCUAUUAGUUCUAUUAAUACUCAUCCCAUGCAUACUAGACUUAGGGAUGGCAUAGUACAGAAGAAACAGUGUCUUGACUAUGUGGGGUAUUAUACAUGUUUGAAUGCUCAUAUUGAAUUAGAUGAACCUGCAAACUAUAAGGUAGCCUCGUUUUCUCCACAAUGGAAACAUGCCAUGCAAGAAGAGAUUGAUGCCUUGCAUAUGCAAGCUAGGCAUAAAGCUCAGUUGGUAGCUCAGGGAUUUAGUCAAGAGAAAGGCUUGGAUUUUAGUGAAACUUUCAAUCUUGUACAAGCUCCAAGGGCUUGGAAUGCCAAAUUCACUGGAUACUUACCAGCCAUAGGUUUUCAACCUUCACAGUCUGAUCCUAGCCUCUUUGUCAAACAUUCAGACCUAGAGGUUGUGAUUCUCUUACUCUAUGUUGACGAUAUUAUUCUCACAGGUUGUAAUGAGAAGAUGGUUCAGCUUGUGAUUGAUGAGUUAAGUUAUUCCAAAUAUGCUAAAGAGUUGCUUCACAAAGCUAGGAUGAACUCUUGUCGAGCUUGCUCAACUCCAUGGGCUCUCCAAUAUUUGACUUUUACAAGACCAGAGCUUGCUUAUUCUGUCAACUCAGUGUGCCAAUACAUGAAUCAACCUACUGAUCUUCAUUGGCAUUUGGUGAAAAGGAUUCUCAGAUAUGUGCAAGGUACUCUAGAGUAUGGCCUGAGUUUUACAGCUGGUGAUAUGAAUCUCUUUGCAUAUAGUGACGUCGACUGGGCAGGAGACAUCAACACUCGCAGGUCUACAACAGGUUUUGUGAUAUUUUUGGCAGCAAUCCUAUAUCUUGGCAAUCAAAGAAACAAGGCUCUGUUUCAAGAAGUUCUACAGAGGCAGAGUAUAGGGCUCUAG